UGGACUUAAACCCAACUCUUCUCCCAAAUCUCAGAAAACCCACUCACCUUCUCUCUCUCUGUGAAUCACUGCCAGGCCCAUCUCUCUUUCACUCUCUCUCUCUUUCGUGCUAGUGCCUCUUUCUCUUCACUUUUGAGGUUAUUGUUGCGGCAAUGGAGUUGGGCGGCGUGGGCUUCGUCGACAGAACCAUGUGGGUUCGCUCUGUUUUGGAAGCAAUCGCGGUGGAGACUGUUUUCACCACUGCGAACUCCCUAGCUUGCCUUCUGGCGGCGGCAGGAGCUCUGUUAAACGAUGCCAAUGCUCUACCAGGAUUUGCUGCAAUUGAGGAAAUGUUCCCUUUUGCCGAACUUCACCGAAAGAAACGCCCCGACCAGGAAAACAAAGAUGGCAGUGAAACCGAGGACGAUGAUGAAGAUGACGACGACGAUGACGCGAAUGAUCAGGAUGACGAUGACGAUGAUGAAGAUUUCUCCGGAGGUGAAGAAGGAGAUGACGGUGAUCCUGAGGAUGACCCUGAAGCAAAUGGCGAUGGAGGAGCUGGAGGUGAUGAUGACAAUGGAGAUGAAGACGAUGACGAUGACAAUGGAGACGAUGACGAUGACGAUGAGGAAGAGGAAGAAGAUGAGGACGAUGAAGAUGACGAGGAGGAAACGCCUCAGCCACCCACCAAGAAGAGGAAGUGAGGAUGUCCAUUGGCUCUCCCCAUUGUCGAGUUUCGAGUUUCGGAGUAGUGAGGGGAGUUUAGCUAGUGUUAGCCUUUGGUUUAGGGGUAGAAACAUUGUUGUUGUCCUUGUUGGUAAUGAACUUCCCUUCUUAUGUGUUGUGAUGUUGUGGAUCCAUAUUAUAUGUAACAAUUUCUUUUCCUAAAAUAGUUGGUACCUUUAUAUUUUCG